AUGAUGUCGUUUUUUUCCGCUUUUUUGCUCGUAUUACAUGCCACUCCGUCUCUACUUGUUCAAUGUGGUCUGACCCCCUGGGCCUCCAGAGACAUCGGUUACACAAAAACCUCCGCUCGAAGUCUUUUCGUACCCCAAUUAGUCGACAAAUCCGGUUUUGUACCAGAUUGUACUCCUUCGGGUCCAGUUGGUUCCACCCAUGAUGUCAACAAACUCUCAUCACCAAUCGCGAUCACGCCAUACGCAGCUUUCUUUCGCAAAAGUGAAGCGGUGAAGGCGGCUACUAAAAAUGAGCUCGUAAAACGUUCAGCCGAUAAGAUGAUGUCACUGGUCUCGACCGUGCUCCCCACCCCAGAGCUAUGGGGUGGUUGGAUUGAACGUAAUGGAUGCGCGGUCGACGACUUUAUCGAAUUGGCUGCUGAAGCCCUUGACUCAGAUGUGAGUUGUAAUGAAAAAGAAAGAGCUUGGAUUGUGGGAAUCUUGGCUGCAAUUUCAAUUUAUGUGCCUUCAAAUGAGCAUCAAAUUGCAGGAGGCAAAAUGGGAAAGACGUCUUGGAGUAACCAAGUGAUUUUAGAGAUACAAGCUCAUAAGGAAUUUGAAGUAUCUAUGACAAGUAGAUUUGAGGCACUUUGGCUCCAGGAAGAGCACAAUCCACUACUCGGGAUAAGUGAUCAGCUGGAAGAGGUCUUAGAGAGGGCCAAGUUAUUUGGCAUGUAUGACUUGAAGAAACCAAAAAAUAUGCCCCGCAACAAGGUCUCGAUUUUUGGAUUCAUCUCAAAACACCUAUUGGAAGUAAACCUUCCCAAAGAGGAAGAAGAGUUGUUGGGUUUCAUCAACGAAUUCAAGAACCUGUUCAUGAACAUGGACCUAACAGGAUGGGAGGGUCAAUAUGCAGAGGUCAUCUUUAGGCAUGUACUGGAUCAUUCAUCUAAAGUUCGAAGAAUCUUUCACAGCCUUCUUCAAGAUUAUAGAUUUUUCAGAGAAAUUCAUUUUCCUUUUGCCAAAAAAGACUUGGUCAACAACCCGGAAAACAAAUUCCUACCCUAUGCUUCUACGACCUUGAAGAGUUAUGACGAAAAGAAAUGUCGGGAAAGCAAGAAGAAACAAAUUUGGUACAUGAUAGAACAGAUGAAUAAAGCUAUGAAGCCAGAGCUCUCUAAAGAAUACUAUGCAGGUCAAUACCAGCUUAUAGCUGCGUACUGUCUUAUUUUCCCCAGUGAAGAGGAACAUCUGAGAGAUGAAAGUAAUAAGUAUGAUCUGAAUUGCAAAGUUUUGGAACACUGGAAACAUAUUCUACUAAUGUCUUACCCUAGUGGAUUUGUGCCAGAUUCCAAGUUUGGUGAAUACCAAUGGAUGCUUCUGUUGAGAGACCCAUCUUAUCUUGGGGAGACAAGAAUGGAUCAGACAAUCAACAAGAUAAGACAAUUGGGUAAUCCAGUAUUCAGAUUUUUGGCUUACUUUCCAUCCAACCAUAUAAGGCAUCAAUUUCAGUCUCCAUAUGCAGAUUCCUACUACAAUAUAUGUUUUGAAGUUCUACAACAGACUGGGGACAGAGAUUUGGCAGAAAAUGUCUGUGAAUUAAGCCUACAAUUCAUACACAAUCUCGUAAACUUUUGGCCAAUGCCAUUCUUGAAGAAGAUGAAAGAAUCUGACAACUAUAGAAAAACCAUUCAGAAAGCAUCUGAACAUGUCAUAAAUGCCAAAAAGGGGCUUGACAGUGAUGUUGUUAACCAUUUUGAUGUGUUUCUGGAUAAACUUGUGAAUCUUGCACAAAACAAGAACUCUCUUGAAGAUACAGAUGGAACUAAACUAAUUGUAAAGGCAGAAGAGCUGAGACCAGAUUUCCACAUAUCAAUUGGGGGAGAGCGCUUUAAAUUCCAAUUCAAGCAACCUGGAGAUUCUAAAAAACCAUAA